UGAUUGCGCGGUGCGGAGCCGGUGCAGCCCCUUUAAGAGGCUACCUGGAGCCUGCACCUGGCUGGCGGAAAGGGUGACGCUGGAUCCGGCUAGGACACACCUAGAGGUGGGCUCGGAGGUAGCGCUACUUUGCCAAGAACCCAGUGGCAUGAAUGACCUCCAACCACAACACACUUCCUUCGUGCAGCCAUUGGAAUGUUUGAAAACACAUACGAGACUACAAAUUUUUGAAUCUCUCGCGCAAAAGAAAAACAAGAUACCGGAAGAACUUGGUGGAUCAGGCAGCUCUGUGGAGAGAAAUAAGCUAUCAAUGUUUCAGGAUGAGACCCUUCAUCUGGACAGGAGGAAAGAUGCAUGACUGAUAGUGACAAUGUGGCAGAAGAGCGGCAGAAAUCAUCAGCACAACUCUGGUCGAAGCAAGGAGGAAAACUUCUUCAAAGAGCUGUUCAUUUGGUUGUUGUGCUGAAGCUGCUUUGUCACCUCUGAAGAAGUGCAAUGAGGAGAUUUCGAAGACAUGGGAAUGAGUUGCAUAGAGAACGUGUCAAGCAGGACCUGUUCCAGUUUAAUAAGACGGUGGAGCAUGGGUUUCCACACCAGCCCAGUGCAUUGGCUUAUAGCUCUGUUCUCCAGCUCAUGGCCAUUGGAAGCCGGUCAGGAGCCUUCAAGAUCUAUGGAGCACCUGAGGUGGAGAUCAUGGGCUUACAUGAAGAGAAUGCAGCAGUCACCCAGAUUCACUUCCUACCAGAACAGGGUCAGUUGGUGACACUCCUGGAUGACAAUAGCUUGCACUUGUGGAAGCUGAAGAAGAGCUUGGAUGGACUGAGUAUCCUGAAAGAGGAGACUCACUUCGAUCUACGAGGACAGCCUGGUGCUCCACCAAGUGUCACCACAAUAACUGUUGUCCUGCCUCAUUCAUCUGGUGAUGUGUUAUUUCUGGGAACAGAAGGUGGCUGUGUGUUUGUGGUGGAACAACCAUCGUUUAGAGAGCAGGAAGAGAGAACAAUCACCCAGGAAGCUGUUCUGCAGAAUGUACCUGAUGAUUAUCGAAGUCGACGCUCACUGGGGUCUGUUGAAGCCCUCCAGGAGAACCCAAAAAACCCCCAUCAGAUUCUGGUUGGAUACAGUAGAGGCCUUGUCAUAUUGUGGGACUUGCAGGCCAACCAAGCCACGCACCACUUUCUCGGUGACCAGCAACUGGAGAGUGUAACGUGGCAGAGAGAUGGGCGGCAGGUCAUCAGCUCACACAGUGAUGGCAGUUUUUAUCAGUGGCCUGUUUCAAAUGACCGAUUGCCACAACCUCUGGAAAAAACAGUGCCUUAUGGCCCCUACCCCUGCAAAGCAAUUCCAAAGAUUAUCUGGAUAACCAGCAAGCAAAGGGCUCCAUUCGUCAUUUUCAAAGGAGGAAUGCCUCGUGCCAGCUACGGUGACCGGCACUGUGUUUCUGUUUUACAUGGGUCCAAGCAGAUUGCAUUUGACUUCACCUCUCGAGUUAUUGAUUUCUUUGUUGUUGAUGAAGGUGGAUCAGAAUCUGAUUGCGAUGACCCAAGUGCUCUGCUGGUUCUAGCAGAGGAGGAGCUGGUAGCCAUCGACCUAAAGACGCCUUCGUGGCCAGUGAUACAGUCUCCAUACCUGAUACCUCUCCACUGCUCAGCAAUAACCUGUUCCCACCAUGUCUCCAACAUUCCCAUUAAACUCUGGGAGAGAAUUAUUGCUGCAGGCAGCAAACAGACCACCCACUACUCCAGCAAGCCGUGGCCUAUCGAUGGUGGGUACAGCACUGCUCCUGAACCUCUGCAAAGGGACCUCCUCCUCACAGGGCAUGAAGAUGGGACGAUCCGUUUCUGGGAUGCAUCAGGCGUGUGUCUAAAGCCUUUGUAUAAACUCAGCACAGUCAAUGUAUUUGUCACAGAUGCCGAUCACAACGACAACCUCAAUCACUCUUCAGAGGAUGAGUGGCCGCCCCUGAGGAAGGUAGGCUGCUUUGAUCCAUACAGUGAUGAUCCCAGGCUGGGCAUCCAGAAGAUUCACUUGUGCAAGUACAGCAGCCACUUGGCAGUAGCCGGCACAGCAGGACAAGUUUUGGUCAUGGAGCUGAACGAUGAGGCUGUGGACCAGACAGUGGCCUGCACUCUGGUCGACAUCUUGCAGGACCAGGACACUUUCAAGUGGAAAGGGCAUGAGCGGUUGAACCCACACGAGGACUUGGUUCACUUUCCCGCUGGCUUCCAGCCUUUUGCCCUCGUGCAGUGCCAGCCUCCAGCUGUUGUCACGUCGCUUGCCCUGCACUCAGAAUGGAAGCUGGUAACGUUUGGCACAAGUCAUGGCUUUGGCCUCUAUGACUAUCAACAAAAACGUACUGUCAUGGUCAGAUGCACACUGCACCCCAGUGACCAGUUGGCACUCGAAGGUCCCCUGUCACGAGUAAAGUCGAUUAAGAAAUCACUGCGGCAAUCGUUCCGUCGGAUCCGGGGCACCAGAACCUCUGGAAGGAAGCGGCCGGUACCUGGGAACGGUGCAGCUAAGGUGCAGGAGGCUAAUGCCAGGAUGGAUCGAGAAGCACUGAAUGAAAUGGAGCUAGCACCCGUGCAGCGCAGGAUUGAGGCUCGUUCUGCUGAUGACUCCUUCACCGGAUUUGUCCGAUCACUUUACUUUGCAGAUUCCUUUGUAAGAGAUGGUUCCUAUCAUGAGCCAUCACUAUGGGCUGGUACCAACGGUGGAACUGUAUUUGCUUAUGCUAUUCACGUCCCUCCAGUCGAGAGGAGAAUGGAAGAGCCAGUCACUGCAACACAGGCAAAGGAAAUUCAGCUAAUGCACAGAGCCCCUGUGGUUGGUAUCUUUAUUCUGGAUGCUCGGGGGAUUUUUCUACCUGAACCUCUAGAAGCAGCUCAUGACCUUUCCAGAAGCCCUGACAUGCAUGGGAACCACAUGCUGUUGGUCAUAUCUGAAGAACAGUUCAAGAUAUUCACACUACCAAAAGUCAGCACGAAAACCAAGCUGAAGCUGACGGCAGUGGAAGGGUCCCGGGUGCGGAAAGUGUCGGUGGCCAAUUUCAGCAGCAGUCGAGCAGAUGAUUACAAUGAAAAUGGGCUCCUGGUGCUCACAAACCUUGGUGAUGUCCAGGUCAUCUCUCUCCCAACCCUUAGAAAUCAAGUUCGGUAUGAGUGCAUCAGGAAAGAGGAUGUGAGCGGAAUUGCAUCCUGCGUCUUCACAAAGUCUGGCCAAGGUUUUUAUCUCAUCUCUCCUUCUGAAUUUGAGAGGUUCUCUGUUUCCUCUAAGUUUGUGGUGGAACCAAGGUGCGUCAUUGACAUUGAUGAGGGAUUGGGAACCAGGACUUCUCAACAGAGAAUUCCACAAGAUGGACCUGUCACUAUGCCCAACUCCACGGAACCAGUGCAAUCACAACAGAAGUGCGGAUUAAGCGAGCUGGCUAGUACUGGGAGUGAGGGCAAUGGAAAGAAGACAGUGGAGAUCAUGGAGCAUGCAUUACUCAAUGAUGAGAGAGUUCUGCUGGAGAUUCAGAGCACACUGGAGUCGGAAUCCACCUCAGCUGAUAGACUGAGCUUUGGACAUUUAAACAGGAACUCUAAGAAUGUGGUUGGGGUACAAUCCCAGGGCCAAAGAAUGAUCAAUGGAGAUUAAUGCUGACAGAUACUGAUGGGAGCAGUUGGAGUGCUUUGUGCCAUAACACUACACGUUAUACCAUUGGACAAGGGACGGCUGUUGGGGGAGAAGGCAGCUCCUGGAACCAGACUGCGACGUGGGGAGAUGUCAGCUCGUUUAGUGCCUAAUUCACUACGCUUCAGCCCUCUGGAAUACUUUCCUCAUUUCUUUUCCCUGUCUCUUUGCACAGUCACUGGAAAAUGAUGGAUUUUAAAUAAUUUCCUGGGUACGAAUAGUUUUAAUGGGGGAGCUUUAUACCACUUAAUGACUUUUAUAUGGUUUUAGAUAUUUCUAAGGGAGUUAAACUUUGAAUGAAAAUGAAAAUUUAGAAUUUUUUUAAAUUACAGAACAUUUAGUGAUAUUUAAUAUAUGUAUAAUUUAGUUUCUGGUGGCUGCUGUUAUCGUUUUACUGUGUAGUAAACAUUGAGGAAAUAUUUUCAUACUUAACAGAUGGUUUUAGUGAGCAAAGGUGCUCCCUUGGAGCCUAUUUUUGUAGCCAAUUGUGUCAUUGAGAAUGUAAUGAGAUACCACUGCAAACACUACAGACCAAUAAAUUAAAUCACUUUCACAAUAAACCAAAUCUGUCUCUCCAAUCUUUUACAGGCUCUGUAAAAAUGUGGGGUGAGGAUGUGAGAGAGCCACAGUGGUGAGGAAGGAGUGGGGUGUCCCCAGAUCCAGAUUCAUAAUCCAAGUGCCUUUGAUCAGUUAGCAUCCGAGAGGCAGGUGGUUAAAACAGCAACGUACUCUUGUGGCUGUGUAACUUCAUGCAGAAAGAUCUGCUGCCUGCACCCUUCAUACAGUCUGAAGUAUGUCUGUCAGCAAAGUAUAACCUUGAGAUUUGUCUCCUUGCACAGACAGCCACAAAACGAGAAACCCAAAAGAACCCAAUUUUUUAAAAAAUCCAACAAACACCCAAUGAGCAGAGGGGAAAAAAACCAUGCAAACAGUAAAAGUAAGCAAACAGCAUUUAGAGCAAAAGUAAGUCCAUAGACAGGAAGGCCAGAGCCUGAAGCAGGCCCACAGCCUGGAGACAAUUUGCAGAAAGAAGUACAAAGCUACAGAGGGG